UUCGACGAUGACGACGACCGAGAUCGCCGACGUCUUUGAUCUGCGCACCGAGCUGCUGCCGUUCCUGGGCUUGUCCCUUCAGCUCGUCAUUACGAGCAUGGCACGGCUCGCCAUCAUGGUUAUCGAUAGCGCCUUCCUCGGACACCUCGGUACGAACGAGCUCGCGGGUGCGUCCCUUGCGACGCUCUGGAUCGAGCUUCCGCUCUGCACGGUCUGGGGCAUGGCCUCGGCUCAGAUCGCGCUCUGCGGCCAAGCGUACGGCGCCAAGAACUACUUCCUUAUGGGCAUCUGGCUGCAAAUGGCGCUCAUCUUGAUCACCGUCUUGGCCGUGCCGACAACCGUGUGGUACUUCUUCCUCGGCGGUAUUCUGCACCACACGACCGACGAUUCCGCUGUCAUCGCCUUUGGCGCGCGGUUCGCCGAGCUCUUGUCGCCAAGCAUUUGGCCGCUCCUCGCGUAUGUCUGUCUGCGUCAGUACCUCCAAGCCAUGGGCGUCGUCAUGCCCACCACCAUCAACGGCAUCGUCUGCAUCGGUAUUGAUGUCGGAGCCAACUACCUCCUCAUCUACACGGCGGGCCUUGGCUUUGACGGAUCACCGCUUGCUACUGUCAUUGCAGCGUGGUUCCAGCCGAUCGCGCUCUUCCUCUAUGCAUUCGUCUACAAGAAGCACCACAAGGACGCGUGGGGCGGCUGGCAGCUCUCGGAGUUGACGUGGUCUCGCUGGAAGACGUUCUUCCGCAUGGCGCUGCCUCUGGGGCUCAACGACGGCUGUGACUUGCUCGCGGCCGCAGCGCUUUCGUUUGUCGUUGCCAAGAUGGGCGCCAACGUCAUUGCCACCAACGCCAUCUUGAGCAGCGUCUGGAUGAUGGUCGGUGCGAUCUUCUACGGCAUCGGGCUCGCGUCCGAGGUUGGUCUUGCCGAGCAUCUUGGCGGAGGUCGACCCCGCGCCGCUCGUGCCCGCGCCAUGAUGGGCUUUGCCGUCCUUGCACUUGCUGCUCUGCUUGUCUGCAUCGUGCUCUGGGCUGGCCGCGCUGGUGUCGUCGGUCUCUUCACGAAGGACGAGGUGCUGCUGGCCAUGUACACGGACGUCCUUCCGUGGUACAUUGCGGCUUCCAGUCUGAACGGACUUGGGAUCGGGCUCCUCACAGCACUCGAAGGCAUGGGCCAAAUGGGCUUUGUGACGAUCGUGACGGUCGUCGGACUCUGGGGCGUCCAGCUCCCACUGGCCUACUACUUUGGUAUCAUGAAGGGCCUUGGGCUUCCGGGCGUGUGGAUGGCUACGACGAUAGCCGCGGCCGUCAAGGUGACCAUCAUGGGCAUCCGCUUCCUCUUUAUCGACUGGCACAAGAUGGUUCAUGAAGCUGUGACGGGGGCUGAAGCCGGCGAGCCAAAGAUUUCGAGCACCGAAGCCAACGACCCGGCGGUCCUCGAGGCGCGCGACAGCGAGUCGAUCUACAUCAUGACGUCGUCGCCGGUCCACAGCAAGGCGCCGGACGUCGGUCACGUGACCCUGCUUUAGCUUCCUUUUGUCUGCAUCGAAUAAUCUACCAUCCCAUGACGUAUUUAACCAA